AUGCCUGGGGCUACUUACGUGGCGAGAGCCAAGCGCCGUUUCAAGCUGUCCAUCCCGGAUAUAUACCACAGCCGGCUGCUGGCCUCUCUCGGUCCCCUGGCCUUGGACAAGGAGGCUCCGCAGAAGCCUGUGAAACAGGAGAUAAUGUCAGAGGAAAGGUUCUGGGGCGACCACCAGCCCCUCUCCAAGAUCCCAUUUAAAAUUCUGAGCGGGCAUGACCAUGUUGUGAGUUCCUGCCACUUCUGCGUGAACGACACCAAGCUCCUCAGUGGCUCCUAUGAUCGCACUGUGAAACUGUGGGAUGCCAUGGACGGAUCUGUGAUUCGGGAUUUUGAGAAAGGGCCCUCAGCUCCUGUUACAGAGUGCAGCAUCACAGCUGACAGCAGAAGAAUUAUUGCAGCAUCCUAUGACAAAACAGUGAGGACUUGGGACCUUGAAACAGGCCAGCUACUGUGGCAGACCAACCAUGAUUACUUCAUAGUGUCCUGUAAGUUGUCUCCUAACGGCAAAUAUGUGGCCUUAAGCUUGGAUGCGGAUCGUGGAAUCUGCAUAAUGGAUGCGGAAAACACCACCAUUUUGGCAAACAUUAAAGAUCAUCACAGAAGAUCAAUCAUGGCAUGCUGCUUUGACCCUGACAGCCAGAAGUUGGCUUCUGUCUCGUUGGAUAGGUCCAUCAAGAUCUGGGAUGUCACAUCCAAAGCCACACUGCUUACCAUCACAAAGGCACAUGAAAAUGCAAUCUCCAACUGCUGUUUUACCUUCAGUGGCCAUUUCCUGUGUUCCAGCUCCUGGGAUAAAAAAUUAAAAAUAUGGAAUGUCCAUACAGGGGAGUUUCGAAACCGUGGAGCCUGUGUGACUCUAAUGCAGGGCCACAAAGGUUGUGUGAGCUCCUGCUGCUUUGCCAGAGACAACUCUUUUCUCAUUUCUGGAGGGUUCGACAAGUCUGUGGCUAUUUGGGAUGUAGGAGAAGGCUACCGGAAGCUAUCCUUGAAGGGCCAUGAGGACUGGGUAAUGGAUGUUGCUAUCAGCAACAACAAGAAAUGGAUCCUAUCUGCUUCGAAGGAUAGGACCAUGAGACUAUGGAAUAUUGAAAAGAUCGACCAAGUUCCUUUGGUAAUUGAGAACCAAAAGGCUAUGGGGACUCUAGUGAAACAGUGCGAAGGAUGUGACAGGCCAUUUUCCACCUUGGAAAGUGACAGCUCGUUUGAAAUAGUCACCAAAUGUAUCUUCUGCCGGAGAGAUGCGACGGACUUGCCAGCAGCGGCUUCAUCAUCAUCAUCAGAAACAGAGAACAAGGAGGACUGACGGCCACUGGGCCCUUUCAUUGACUUGAUCAUGGGUCACCUGUCACCCAGGUUGUGGGGCUCUCUGCAGGGAUCCUUCUCAGGGUCCCUCCCCACCUGAGUGGGCCUGUGAGACUGGGGUAGGGGCCAAUCCCUGGCUGGGCUCUCAGUUCAGGGCCACCUCCUCAGCUCCACAGCAUCCUUGAGGGUUGAACACUUCAGUUUUCAUGCAGAAUAAAUCUAGAUUCCUUUGGAAAACAAGUGUGCAUAUGAAUUGUAGAAGCAGUUUGCUAUUUCUAAGCUUAACGUCCUGGUGUUCAUUCUGUCUCAUUUUGGGGAUGCGUUAUGGACUCCUAUUCUGGAGUCUUGGGCCUCUGGGACUGGUAUCACCAUUUCCCGAGGAUGGGUUUGUCAAAUGAACAUGAAGAUGUGUGGGGGUCCCCCCUCUGUGAUUGAGGAUGGCAAGGCAUUGUGGCUUAUAUGGUUUGACUAUGAUUUGUUCCCUAAGAGUUCAUAUCCUGGAAGCUUGGUCCCCAAUGGCGGACACAUCAUGGGAAGGUAUCAAUACCUGCUUCUUGGAAGUGGGUUAGAUAUCAGGGGACUGAAUUUGCUACUUCAAGAGCAGAUUGUUAUAAAGUUAGGCCACCCCUGUGUUUGGUUUCUUCUACAUGUGCUACUUGCUGUUCUUACAUGUGCUCCUGUCAUGUGAUGCCAACUGCCAUGUUAUGACCAUAUGAAGCACUAAUCAGAUGUCACUGCAUGAUCUUGAACUUUCCUGCCUCUAGAACCAUGA